CCUCGGUAUGUGCGAAAGCGUGCAAGUCGAUUCCAGAGGUGCACGCUCCGUAGGCUGCCACUAGCGCCAAUGCUCUGUGGCGCUGUACCUCGGGGGAUGCCGAAACCGCCUGUGGCUGGAGCGGCAGAACCAUGAACGUGGCCCAAAGGCGACGCCGUCCUUUUUUAGUCGCGCCGGGGCCAUUUGAGUAUCGAUCCCGAGUCGUCGAAGGUACUCGAGUUACUACGAGGUAGUGCUACCAGAGGAGGUAUGUACAUAGCAGUAACCAGGCCAAGUGUAAUAUCAGUAGUCCGUUCGUUUCCUCAGCCGUGAUUACAUAAGGCAGGCAGGUACUUCGAGACAGCUACGUAAGUUGCCGAAAAGACCACCUUACUCCAAGUAUUAGCCCGGCCACCGGUCGCCCGCAAAAAAUUGCACCCAGAGGCCUAUUCCCAAUCCAUCUCGCACCUUUCCCUCAGUCCAACGAACUGGCCUGCAUCCUUCCCCGAGUUUCCCAUCCUUAACCCCCAACAGCCUGCCUGCGAAGCGCAACACCAAGGACUCUCCUCUGCUCGUCCCACGCACGCCUAGCGGCCGCUUUCCUUCGUCGUCACCCCUCUCGUCUCCCCCUCGUCUCCUCCUCGUGGCCUUUUCGUGAUCGCAAAGAUGGCUGCGCUGAGUCCCCAGGUCACCAACAUCAUCAUCAUUCUCGGAAUGAUGCAGGUGUCCAAGCGAAUCCCCUUCGACGAUCCCGACGUGCUCAACAUUGUCCGCGCCGUGUACGUGACCAGCAACGUCAUCAUCGUCGGCAUCUACCUCUACGUCCAGCUGCAGGUCAACAAGAAGAAGGACCUGACUACGCUCAAGUACGUCGAGCCGGCGCCGAUGGGCUCCUCGGAGGAGGGCAAGCUCGUGACCACGACCGUCCAGGCGUACGACUCGCAGCAGCUCAAGAGCUCGUUCCGAUCGCAGCUGAUGGGCGUCGCCAUGAUGGCCUUCAUGCAUCUGUACCUGAAGUACACGAACCCGCUGCUGAUCCAGUCCAUCAUCCCCCUCAAGGGCGCGCUCGAGUCCAACCUGGUCAAGAUCCACCUCUACGGCCAGCCGGCGAGCGGAGACCUGAAGCGCCCUUUCAAGCAGCCGGCCGGGCUCACGAGCGGCCUCCAGAGCGGGCCCGCCCAGAGCGACAAGAAGGCUGUCGAGGCGGCCGAGCGUGCCGGCCGCGGCGGCGCGAAGGACGAGUAGACGCGCAGCCUACCAGAGGUUGUAGACAUGAAUGGAAAAUUUUGGAGGAGUUCGGGUUAUGCAUGAGGCUGGCAAUGCAGACUUGUAAUAUUGCUGUUUAUCUAUCGUCACUACGGCUUGAGUUAUGCAGAUGUUGGUAUACAUGAAAGAUGAGCAUACAAGACAUGCAUCUCCUCUCGUCCCUCUGUGACUACAGUGCCACCAAGCAGGUCCAUUAUCGCGCAUACCUACCUGACAGGCACCCCCAAUAGAGCCAUAUCCCCGAUGGCGCACGCCAUAGUUACCUGUGCAUCCCCGUUCCCAUGCUAGCCGAUGCCGGGUUAAGGCUCGAGUUGGCAUAACGGGGCUCGUGUCUUCUGUUGGUGGGCGAAUGUGGCGUAAAAGUAGUCCGAUCCGCGACGAGGCACGCGUACGG